AUGGGUCCACCUAUCGAUGCAAUGGCACGCCAACCUCAGAAGAAGUUGUGCUCGCUAACCAACCACCUCUUCUGCAGGAUCAUACGCAUAAUCUUCACGAUACCCGUCUUCGCCAUACUCGCCUUUCUCGGCAUCCUUCUCGAGUCGCGGGCCGUGUACCUGAUACCGCUGACGCAGGUGUACGAGUCAUUCGCGCUCGGCGGGUUCUUCUUCCUGCUGUGUGCGUGGAUCCAUCCCGAUGGUGCGGAGAGAGAGAGGAUCUUGAACCGGGAGGGGAAGUUGGGGAUGUACAAUAGAGUGUGGUUCUUUGUGUUCCAGCAACCAUUUGUCAUGAUCGUUCUCGUUGUGGUGCAAGAGAUCACGCAGGCCGCAGGGGUGUUUUGCGCGACGAGUAAGAACAUACAGUUCGCUCAUGUCUGGAUAUCAAGCUUUUCAUCCGUCACGACAAUCUUCGCAAUAGGAGCGGUGCUACGAUUUCAUGGCGCUACGAAGCAGAUGACCGCACAACAGAAACCCUUGCUGAAGCUCGUGUCAUUCAAGGGGAUAGUGUUCCUGUCUUGGAUCCAGUCGGCGCUCUUCUCCUUCCUGACCUCCAGCGGCCACCUGCACCCAAACAACCACCUUACCUUCCUAGACCUAUCCGUCGGCAUACCCGCCAUGAUUACAUGUCUCGAAAUGGCGCUCUUCUCCAUGCUCUUCCUGUUCGCGUAUCCGAUUGGUCCCUACACCGCAAAGGGCCAAAUCACCGGCCUGCUCCACGGGAGCGGUCCCACAAGCCAUCCAGAAUACGUGGGCGGUCCUCUAGGACUAAGUGCUUUGUUUGAAGCACUUAAUAUAUUUGAUUUGAUUAAGGCUAUGAUGAUGGCGCCGAUAAGGCUAGGCAAGGGAAGGGCGAUGAUGAUGAAGGAGCAAGCGAGUGCGGCGGAGGAGGAUCCCAAGAAUAAGGCUUAUGAGGGCUGA